AUAUAUAUACAUAUUCAUAUUAUAGUUUACUUGAAUACAAAUAAAUAGUUAAAUACAUAUAUUAUCAUAUUCAAGAAUCAUCAAAGUUAGAUUUAGUGAUUUAGUAAUAGUUUAUCUGUACUAUAAAAAUAAAAAUGGGCAAACCAAGUGGAAAAAAGAAGUUACAAUCAGGAAUAGAAAAACUUAUAAAACAAAAUAAACCCCCCGAAAGAAGUUCGAAACAAAUGGAUGAAGAUACUAUUGUAUUUAUUCAAAUGUCACAAGAAUUAAAAGAAGAAGGAAAUAAGUUAUUUCAAAAGCGCGAUAACGAAGGGGCUAUGUUAAAGUAUGAAAAAGCACUUAACUUGUUACCUAGUAAUCAUAUCGACGUAGCGACUUUACGUAGCAAUAUGGCUGCUUGUUAUAUGCAAAUGGGUAUCGGGGAGUAUCCGAGAGCGAUACAUGAGUGUAACUUGGCGCUUGAGGUUGCGCCGAAGUAUAGUAAGGCGUUGUUGAAGAGGGCGAGGUGUUAUGAGGUUUUGGGUAAGUUAGAGUUGGCGUUGAGAGAUGUUAGGAAUGUGUUGAGUAUGGAGCCGAAUAAUGUUACUGCGUUGGAAGUUGAAGAGAUGGUGAAGAAAGGGAUUGAAGAAAAGGGGUUGAAAGUUGAGGACGUGGAGGCGGUUUUGUUGACAGAUUAUGUUGACCCGGUUGAGGUGAAGGUGAAAGCGUUGAGAGAGAAGACGAAGAAGAGGAGGAGUAGUAAAGUUGAGAAAAAAGUUGAGUUGGGUAAGGUUGAAAGUGUGGAAGUAAAAGAAAAUAAGGUUGAUGAGGUUAAGGAAAAAAUAGUUGAAAAGGUUCGGGAAAAUAAGGCUAAGAGAGGUAAGGACAAGAGGAAUGAUAAGAAGACAGAGUAUAAGGAAAAAGUAGUCGUUGAGGAUAAGAAUAGCAUUAAAGAAGAAAAAGUUGUUACGAGGACAGUGAAAUUGGUGCUUAAUGAUGACAUAAGAUUUGCUCAGUUACCUAUUGAUUGUAGUAUUGGUUUAGUGAGGGAGAUAGUUUGGGACCGUUUUCCAAAUUUAGAGGGUGUGCUUAUAAAGUAUAAAGAUCAAGAAGGAGAUUUGAUCACCAUCACGACUACUGCUGAAUUGAGAUUGGCUGAAUCAUCUGGUGAUCCUCAAGGUUCUUUAAGACUAUACUUGGUAGAAGUUAGUCCAGAUAAAGAACCGUCUUAUGAGGGUUAUACAAGCAAUGGGUUUCCAAAAGCCAAUAGCUUGAUAUCGAGUGUUUCUGAGAACGGGACUGUGGGUAAAAAUAGGGAAGUCGAAAAAGUUACAACGUGUGUAGAGGAUUGGAUUGUUCAGUUUGCUAAGCUUUUUAAAGAUCAUGUUGGAUUCGAAUCUGAUUCAUAUUUGGAUCUUCACGAGCUAGGAAUGGAAUUAUAUUCUGAAGCGAUUGAAGAAACUGUGACAACUGAAAACGCCCAAAAGCUUUUUGAUAUUGCUGGCGGGAAGUUCCAAGAGAUGGCUGCUUUAGGAUUGUUUAAUUUGGGUAAUGUUCAUAUGAACAAGGCAAGAAAGUGGGUGGUUUUCGCAGAAGAUGGAACGAAAGAAUCAAUACAAGAGCAGGUGAAAACAGGAUAUGAAUGGGCAGAAAAGGAAUAUAUAAAAGCUGGGUUAAAGUUUGAAGAGUCUCUAAAGAUCAAACCUGACUUUUAUGAAGGGUUUCUUGCUCUUGGGCAGCAGCAGUUUGAACAAGCAAAACUUUUAUGGUCUUAUUCACUUGGAAACAACACUAAUUUAGAGUCGGGACCUUCUGCAAAAAUCUUGGAGUUGUACAAUAAGUCUGAGGACAGCAUGGAACAUGGAAUGCAGAUUUGGGAAGAGUUGGAAGAACAACGAUUAAAUGGAUUGAGUUUGUAUGAUAAAUAUAAGGAUGAUUUAGCAACUUUAGGGUUGGAAGGGUUUCUAAAAGAUGUAUCUGCUGAUGAAGCUGGAGAGCAGGCGGCACAUUUGAGAUCUCAGAUGCAUAUCUUGUGGGGUACGUUGCUUUAUGAGCGUUCUGUUGUAGAAUUCAAGAUGGAUCUGUCAGGAUGGGAAGAAUCUUUGGCAGCUUCAGUCGAGAAAUUUGAACUUGCUGGAGUGUCAACAACUGAUCUAGCAGUAAUCGUGAAGAAUCAUUGCUCCAAUGGAACAGCUUCUGAAGGUCUUAGUUUCAAAAUUGAUGAAAUAGUUCAGGCGUGGAAUGACAUGUAUGAGGUUAAGAGGUGGCAGACUGCUGUUCCAUCUUUCCGGCUGGAACCAUUGUUUCGGCGCCGGGUCUCAAAACUACAUACGCAAGUGGAACAUUUCUGAGAACAGUUAUGAAAAGCAGCGUGUAAUUAUGUCCUUACAUAGAGCUAUAUUGUUUUCAGGUUCAUUUAUUGAUUGUCUUCUUCAACUUCAGUUUUCUUUUUUCACAAUUGGAGGUGAAAAAGGUAUCCAAGAGUUUGUCAGAUUGUUGUUUUGUUUUUGUUUGAUUGCAGCACAAGGUGUGUUUCUUUUAACAAGAAGCCACUUAUUCAUCAUUGUAUAAUUUUUUGCUCUCGGGUCGAGUAAAUUAUCACACUACACAAAAUUUCGGUAUUAAGGAUGCAUAGUUUGGACAGAAGUAUCUCGAUUGUAGAAGGUUUCAAAACAUUUAUUCCUAUUUUGUAAUAGGGCUCUCUUACUCAUAAGUUGGAUUGCAAAGUGUGCAAAGUUUUUGGAAUUGUUUUAUCUGGAUAUAUAUAUAUAUUGAUUGUUUGCACA